AUGUGUGAGCGAGAAGAGCCCUUUAGUGAGGGGGAGUUAAGGAAUAACAACCAGCAGGGUGGCAUGCUGGCUGACGGUGACGCCAAUGCCAAUGACAUUCAGACAGGAGAUGGUGGAAGAACUGGGGAUACUGGCUGUCUGCCAGGAUUGAUAACUGAAACAGCAGAGCAAGACAAAGUCAUCAUCUGGGGCACCGACUCUCAGUGCGACGACCCUGAUCUGGCUGAGUUUGAGAUGCUGGAGGGUCAGGAGUUGGAGGCUUAUCUGGUCGAGGAGGAAGAGGACUUUGUUGGGCUUGCAGAGCGGAAUGAACUUCAAGAACAGGCCUCAACAUGCAGAAAAGCCACAGCAGAAGAGCCGACAGAUAAUAAGAGCAGAGAAGAGAGGAAGUCAGUACUGAAUGGUGCCAGUGAGCAAGAAUCCAGUGCCUCUCAUGUCUCUGAGAGCAGAGAGGCUUCCAGGACUGAGUUAAGCUCUGAAACGGAUGUCUUUGUGUCCUGUCUGUCCACCGUUUCAAGCAUGGCCACUGCUUUGGAUACUGUUGGCAAGGCUCAGACGACAGACUCCUGGCAUGUUGCCUCCGGUCCUCAUUCAACCGUCUCAGAGGAUCUGACUUCCCAGAUAUGCACCACUAUCUCUGAGAGAGGCAAGGCCUCUCAAAGAGCUGAUGAUUCUUCGUUUCUUGCUAGAAAAAGCACAAUACCCCAGAAAGAUGUGGACAUGAAUUUGAAUUCAGCAGUUCAGUCAGAGGAUGCUGCAUCGCAGGGUUCCUUUGAGAACACUGCCACUCCCAGCUCUGCGAGUCUGGAAGGGAGGAAGCCAUGGGGAAGCCCUAGUCGACCAGCAACUCCUACAUCCCCUAAAACUACCUCCUCUUCACCUAAGAGACGGCCUCCUGGCUCUCCAGCCAAGGUCCAGGGCACAAGGGCACUGAGCCUAGAGCGCAGUGACUCCUCUCAAAGAGGAAUAAGUCAAACCGUCAAGCUACCGGCGAAGAUGAGUUUUAGCAGCGGAAUCCCGAAACCUGUCACGCCUCAACAGAAAGAGCCUGAGCCCAGGAGAUCUUCACCCACCCAGAAGCCCAAGAACGUGCGACCAAAAAUCAUCACAUACGUUCGAAAGAGUACUCAAGCAAAACCACAAGUCACUGACGCACUAAACGAAGGUUCUACGCAAGCAUCGAGAUUAUCCUCUUACUCCAGCCCACCAGCUCUCAAAGAUGCAAAGGUUGCUCCUCAAGCUAAACCUGCACCGGUGCUCUGUUCUUCCAACGUGCUUUUUGACAAAUAUCGACAGGAUAUGCAGAAGUCAGGGUACUAUCCUCCGGGCGUGGCUGUGACUGGGAUAAAACCUCCAAGCAGCACCAUCCCUCUAAGAAGUGGAAAGUCGGACAGCUUUCAUGAGGCAGCUGAGAAAUAUCUUCAAGAGCAUGUUUCCCAUGAAGGAGGCGGUGUCUACCGCUCACCAAGAACCCUGAGGCCUCAGCUCGGGUUAGGUGCAGUCACUAGGCAGCCUGCAGCCAAGUCAAGAGUUCAGCAGGCAGGUCAAAGGUCAGGCUCCUCGCCAUUCCCGGCAGCUAAAGUGUCCACCCCAGGCCAACAAGAUCUGACAGGAGAGCUCAAGAGGACAGGCCCAGAAACCACCCCUAAAAGCCUCCUUCUCAGAUCAGGCCAGUCUGGCCUUCGUCCUCCAGGUUUCUCCGCCCUUCCAGCUGCCCGUCUGGCUUCUCUAGGCUUUGUCCGGAGCUCCAGUGUCUCAUCUGUAUCCAGCAACCAGUCUAAUGACAGCGUCCACAGUGAUCCAGGCCGAGGUUCUCAGCAUCCCAGCAGUGGCAGUGAUGACACACCUCAGCAUAAAGCCACAGCACCACCCAGAGAAGCCUCCCCUGCUCAAAGCCGGCCUCAGCCUCCCAACGCCCCCAGCCUCCAGCGGCGCAGUCUGCCACCACAGCACUGCUCCCCACUCGCUUCUAGGAGAGAUUUGCAGAAGGACACGGAGGCUGAGCUGUCACCAAAGUCUUCCCCUAAAAGGUUUGCAGUGGUUUCACCCAAGCCACAAUCCCCCGUUCGUGGUCGGACAGCAGCAGCAGUUCUCGGCGCCGUUCGGACCGAAAGGGCGCAGGAGCUGGAUCGUGCUCUGAUCCAGCAGCUGCGAGAGCGAUGCGAGCGACAGGCCCUGCAGCUGCAGACCCUUCAGGCUCAGUUAAAGAGGGCCUCGCUGUGCACGGACGUCUUCAGCAUCACUACCCAGCACUUCUGUCACAAGAGUGAGAGUGCCAUUGUGAAGGAGAGGGAACUGUCCCUGGAGCUCGCUAGAAUCCGUGAUGAAGUGGCCUUCAGUGUUGCACACUGGGAGCAACUGCAGCAGGAGAAGGAGGAACUGGAGCGUCGUUUUGAGUCUGAGCUGCAGGGAUUGCGGGCUCAGCAGCAGAAGGAGCUGGGAGCGUUGGAGGAGCGGCUGAAAGCGCAGCACACGGAUGAGACGGAGAGUCUGCAGGGCCGACAACAAGCUGAGCUGGAAGAGCUGCGCUUCAAUCAGCAGGAGCAGCUUGAGGAGAUGAGUCAGAAUCAUGAGGCGUCCUUGAUGGAGAUGGAGACGGCUCACAACGAUACACUGGCCACUCUGCAAGAGGAGCAUGCCAGGACCGUGAAGAAUUUGAAGAUGGCCCAUGAACAGCAGAGGAAGUCUUUGGAAGAAGAGUUUGAGAAAAUCAGACUGUCAUUGCAGGAUCAGGUGGACACGCUGACCUUUCAGAACCGAAGUCUCCGAGACCGAGCGAAGAGAUUUGAAGAAGCUCUUCGCAAGAGCACAGAUGAGCAGAUCGUGGAUGCUUUGGCUCCAUAUAAACACAUUGAGGAGGACCUGAAGAGCCUCAAAGAAGUUCUGGAGAUGAAAAAUCAACAGAUCCACGAACAGGAGCUGAAGAUUUCAGAACUGGAGAAAAUAGCUGCAAAGAAUGUGUUCCUGGAGGAGAAACUCCAAGUGUUACAGCAGCAGAACGAGGACCUGAAGGAACGAAUAGACAAGAAUCUCGCUGUUUCCAGGCAACUCUCUGAAGAGAAUGCUAAUCUGCAAGUGCACGUGGAGAAGGAGAGCAACGAGAAGAAGCGCCUUAGUCGCACCAACGAAGAGCUGCUGUGGCGGCUGCAGACCGGCGAGCUGAGUCCUCGCAUGUCCCCCAGCUCCUCCCCAAUCCAUCGGCCCCCCUCCGGACAAGGCUCCCCCGCCCGCCCACAUUCCUACCAUCAGUGACGCUCAUCUGGAAGCUCUUGUCACCAAAAGCUUUUUGCAUUUUUAAAAACUCUUUGUUGAAUGUUUCUCUCAGUCAGAGUGCUACACUCUGUAGCAACAGCAGUUUUGCUUCUUGGAAAAAUCCACUUGCUUAUGUGAUGCGUUUCCAAAGUUGAACCCCAAUGACCUAACCAAUUGUACCGAUGAUCACACCUGUUACAGUAAGAAGGAAUUCUCAGCCCUCCACUUUUCCUACUCCACGCCAACGCCCCACACGACAGAUGCGCCGGAAAACUCCCAGAGAUUGUAGAUUGAUCGGAGAGCAGAAUCAAAAUCACGGUGCCUCAUUUCCAUGUUUUCGCCUACAUCUCCAUCUUCUCAUCCAGCGCUCAGGAUGAUGGAUGAACAAGACAGAAUGAUAAUCAAAAGUGCAACAGCAAACACAAAAAGCGCCUUUUGCCAUCCAUUCUCUCCCACCAGCAGCAUCCACCAGGACAAGGGAAAUUCUUUGAGUAAAAUCACAAAACUACCUACAGUAAGUGCAGAUUCUUCUCUGGGGCUGUUUCAGGAGUUUAUGACCGACUACCAAGCCAUUUAACCUCAAUCAUCCAUGCUACUUUCUAACUUGCGUAUCAGCAUUGACCCGAAAUGCGUGGCUACAACAUCAUCACGACUUUGUAAAAUCUGUACAUGUAUUGCUCUCUUUAAAGCAUGAUCUGUCUUCCAGUUCUAAUUAACUAUAUUUUAGGAUUACCUGCAGUCUGAAGUGGCACAGAAGGGCAAAGGAGCAUCACAGUUCAAAACUGAUUUCUGAUGAAGUUCAACAGGAUCCAUUCAAGUUAAAACCGUUGUGUUACACAUUUCACAGUAGGCGAGUUGAUGCCCUUCACCUUCAGCUCAGUUAAUAAAAUGCACUGCUCAAAAAAAUUAAGCAAACACUUGCUAAUCAUAGUGCAAUGAAAUGUCAGUUAAACUUCAGGGAUAUCAGUCUGUCCAGUUAGGAAGCAAAAAUCAUCGUGAAUCCAUUUCAUCUGCUUAGGUGCAAAGUGACGAGGUGUACUGGAGAGGCAACAACACGACAGCCCCCAAGAAGGUAAUGGUUUUGCAGGUGGAUGCCACACACCAGUUCUCACUCCUCAUCCCUCCUGACUGGUUUUAUCCCUCCUGAGUGUGGAGGAGAGACCAGGGGAUAGGCUGUGACCCGAGGAGGGCGAGACCGGUUGCAGAAAGGCAUCGGCUCAGCAGCAGGAACAGCGUCUGCUCAUUGGUCCUUCCUGCGAGCAGCACCGGGAAGAUCGCUCCAGCAGGCGCGUGUUUCUGACCAAACUGUUAGAAACAGACUCCAUGAGCAUGAGGUCCCAACGUUCUCGUGUGACCUGUGCUCACGCCUCAGCUCGAUUUUGCCCAAGAACACCGAAACUGGCAGGUCUGCCGUGGGCUCCUCAUUCUGUUCACAGAUGAGCAGUUUCACAUGCGACUGAUGUGAAAGAGUCUGGAGACAUCGUGGGGAACGUUAUGCUGCCUGCAGCGUUAACCAGCAUUAGAUCUGACAGUAGGUCUGCGAUAGUCUGGGGAGGCAUUUCCUCAGCGGAUGGCAGUCGAGCUGCACGGGGCUGGGCUGUGAUCACAAAUCACACAAAAAGAUUUCGGGAUCUCUCUCCUGUUAUGGAGUCAGUUUGUUCACAAACAUGUAUAUAAGGAACCACCUGCAGGUCAUAGUGUAGGCUGCUCCUGUUCUUCCUUGCCCUUCUUCAGCUCAUCUCGUGUAACGGUUCCUCUCCUGGUCCCGACCUGGACUACCUGUGCACAAUGAAUGGACUGCAAGUGCAGUCUCACACUACCAGCAGUGACAGUGACACAAGCAAAGAGCAAAACCAGAGAAAGGUCAGUCAGGAAGGAUGAGGAGAGAGCAGUGGUCUACGGUCACCAUCUGUAAAACCGUUGCCUGUCCAGUGCACCUUUUGUCCUUUCCAUUUGCACCAAAGUAGUUGAAAUAGAUUCACAACUAACUGGACACAUCUCUAAAGAUCAUCUGACUUUGUGUUAAACUUUGUGGGUUUUUUUUUUUUUUUUGAGCAGUAAACAUCUCCUACACAAACAAAAAUGCAGGCUCUGUAAAAACCACCAAAGAGGAAAUCAUUGAACACAGACAUUCAUUAAGUACUGUAGCUGUCACAUGGUUGGAAUUCAUUGCUGCAGAAUCAGCCAUAAACGGUGCCGAUGUUGCAGAACGUAGAUCUGUUUUUGCAUUUUAAGAUUAUGCUAUCAGGGCUCUUGCAGCUACCCGAAACUGUUGCUGUUUUUGUGUUAAAUUAUUUUAUUUUGCGUGUGUGUGUGUGUGUGUGUAUUCACCACAUAAUUCUUUAUAGAGAAAAAAAUUGUAACCGCAGUUGACAAAAAUUCCAAAACUGGCUACAAUUUUACCGAAAUAAGAAUGAGUCUGAUUGCAGUGUUACCUCGUUUCUCAUUGUAGAGAAUAAUCUCAGGUCUUGAGGAGAAUUAUGAGUCAUCAAAAGGAAGCAACUGCCUUUUUUUUGUAUUGUAUUUUUUCUGUGUUUACAUAUCCACUUCUCUCAGACGUCUGUUUUGCCAGAUACCGUUUCUAGAAAAAUGUAUUUGGAUGUAAGCAGUGUGUAAAAACAGUAUUAAAGAACACCGUAAAAUUAGGAAAUACAUAAAGAAUUAAGUGAAAUGGUGUUUUAUUACAUUAAUAUAAUAGAUUAACGUAAUAAAGCAGGCUUUCUUUUCUCCAUUCCCUCAGGCAUAAAAUCUGUGA